GCAGUAUACAUAAGUAAGCCUCGCAGUUCAACUUGAAAUCCUUCUAAACAUAAAUCCGAAAUUAACACAGCAUAAAAUGAAUACAAUAGUGAUUUUUAUUAUUUCUCUUUUUCUCGGCUUACGACUCUGGACGGGAGUUGUCGCGGCACCAGCCACCAAAGAUCUGCCUGGAGAGCUGCCAACGCCCAAUAACACGGUCCAAUCCCUGCCAGAGAUCACUGAUCCAAUUUUGGCUCUUCAAAAGAUUCCGAAAUACCUAAGACGCCUGAAGAUCGAUGUGGAAAGCGAACUGCAGGGGAGGAUUAGGCCAAAGCUCUCGAUAUGGCCACCCUUCCUUGGGUUUUCUGUGGAGCAGUCAAAAACCAGCGAUAUUAAGCCCAAUCCACAGAGCCAUGUUGCUGAUGUCAAGCCAAGUACAAGUGUUGGAAAUUUGAAGCUAGUGUUCAUCCUCUUAGAGCGCGUCUGGAAAGACGCCAACGCACUCAUAAACAAGAAAAUGAAAGGAAGAGACAAUGGGGUUCAGGUGAUUUCGAAUGAGAGGACUUGAUGACAUUUUUUGAGAAAGAAGUUUAUUUCAAAUUCACUUUUGGACGACGACAAAGGUCAAAGAAGGGGAAAAGGCAGUGUCCAGAUUGGUAAAUAAAAAGGGAAGGAUAAGAGAACUUGCAGAGGAGGUUGUCCAGAUAAAAGAAAUACUCCACACAAAGCUUUCAAAACAAGAGGGCAGUGAAAGAAGUCGUUUCCAAAUAAUAAACAACAGGUGACAGGGUA